UCUGAUCAGGUGAUUCCUGAUGAGAAACUCGGCCUCUUGCUUUGCUGUGCUUUACUCCUGAUGAUGACCAGUGCUGUUUGCUAAAGAUAAAGAGCUGAGUUGAGUUAAUUAAAUGAUAUUUAAUCCUUGGGUUUCCCCUGAUUUUCCAUGUGGGAUUUAUCAGAUUGAUCCUGGAAAUCCAAGCAUGACUUCUGAUUCCAGACAGGAGCUGGAAUUCUCUGGAAAUCUGGGACAGUUCUGGGGCUUCCAGACUGCUGUGCUCCGUGGUGGUGUUACUGGGGUCAGAGGUGCCUGACGAAGAUCCUGUUCAAGAGUCAUAACGAGAGCUCAACCCACAGAUGAGAACAAUGUCCGAUGAGACAGAACAGAGAAUGUGUGAUGAGGAUUUUGGAUCUGAUGAGGAGGGUGAGGAAGGCGACGUGGAGUCUUACCUGGAGGACAACAGCAGCGAGCUCAUGGACCGAGUCAGAGAGCUGGAGGCAGAGAAUUCUGCUCUGAUGUUAGCCAACGAGAGUCAGAGAGAAGCUUAUGAGAGAUGUUUGGAUGAGGUUGCCAACCAUGUGGUCCAAGCUCUGCUAAAUCAGAAGGAUCUGAGAGAGGAGUGCAUCAAGUUGAAGAUGUUGGUGUUUGACCUGGAGAGACAGAACCGAGCGCUUUGUGAGCUUUUUCAGCAGAAGCUGCCAAACCACCCCACUUCUCACUACCAGGUCCAGGCCGGACCCCUCCCAGACUACAACGCACAGCUGCACAAUGACCCGUCCAAACAGGUCGAGUCUGCACAGAUUGAAGCACAAGCCAAGGGAAACGGCUACCGCACACAACAUGCAUCCCCCGGCCCCCGUGGCCCCGCCACCUCUAUGGAGGCCCUGUCUCCCUUCUUCAAAAAGAAAGCACACAUCCUAGAAGUACUGCGUAAGAUGGAGGAGACGGACCCCCUGAAGUUCCACCCGUCUGCCACCAGCUUGUCUUUCUGCGACUACAACCAGGUGCUGAUGUCCACGGAGGCAGUGUUGGCCACCGCGGACCCCCUUCAGUGUAAAUCCCACCAAUCACACUGCCACUGCUCCUGCUCCGACGCUGAUGUACAACAGCACGUCAAUGGCGACGGGGGGGUGAAGUGUGAUGGAGGGAACAGCUGCUGUUUACACUGCAAACGGAGUCCAGGCAGUCCUUCAAAGCCAUGCAGCCACAUCUGUAGCCCUUCUAGAGCUGGCCUCGCCCCCCCCUCGGUCCCUGCAGUCCUUGCUGCUGCCGCCAGUGAAUGUCACAGUAAGACCCGAGCAGGAGAGUCUGUAACUUUGUGUGUUAAUGAAGCCCACCCUGCAGCCAUGGAGACGGGUCUGGAGGUGGAGCAGAACUCUGCUGAUUCGGAAGAGCUUGACGGUUCUCACCUGUCUGGUUCUGUGAAGGAGACCGCACCAAUCUGUGAUACAAGCCAAGACGUUCCCAAUGGCUCGUUAAAUGACCCCUCAGCCGUCCCCGAGGUGGACAGCUCAGACCCGUCUUCCUCCGUCAGAGCCAGUGCCUCUGUCAGCCCAAGCCCCUCCUGCCUCAGCGACGUGAAAGCUGCCGCCAUAAACUCUCCAUCCAAGCUGCUCAAGUUCCUAAAGAUCCCGUCCAUCGGGGAGAAGUCUCAGCCUUCCACAUCCGCAGUCCGUCUCAGCCCGCAGCUCACCCGAAACUCUAGGAUCCCCUGUCGCACCAACAACUACGAAGUCUACCACUCCCCUGUUCCCACCCGCCGAGCCACCACCACAGAGAGGUGCAGGCAGCCCCCACCCCCACCCUCCAGGUCUGAGUCCUACCCUGCCACACACUCGGCACCGACGUCCCCCCCACAGCCAGAAGAUGUCUGCUCCCCGCAGGAUAAGGACAUGAGCUACAGCAGCCUCUCUACUCCUAAAACCAGUUCUGGGGCAAAGCUGGGGGCCUCGUCUGCUGCUUCCCCCAAACGUCCUCCGAGGAUUCCCCAUUAUGAAAAUGUCUGUGACAUCUCCAGACCCAGAGACCAGGAACCAACCCAGGGUCUGGAGAAAAGAACCACGCUUCCAUCCCAGGCCAAGACGAACGGUGAGAGGAAGCUGGUCAAAUCGCUACCAGAAAGUGUCCUGAAUCCUCCUCCUCAGCAGAAGCAGUCUUCCUCAUCCACUUCAGAGUCCACGUCUGAGGAAGAGGAGGACUCUGACAGCCCCGUGUGGGUCAACCAGCACAGCCUGCCCAGCAAAGCUCAGGGCAGAACCAACUACUCCCAAACCAGAGAGAAACAGGAUUUGGACAUGAGGGGGAUCCGGAUGGCCAGCUCUGAGGUCAGCCAGCCGCCAGCUCCAGUUCGGAGGAUUGAGUCCUCAUCCAUCCCGAAGAGGCCUGCAGCCGGGACAUCCAGGUCUCAGGCCGACUCCAGUCACCACGCCUUCAAAGACCGACUGGCUGCUCUUGGAAAGCUGCGGAGCUCAGAGGAUCUCCAGAUGGGUGCCAUGAAUGAAAGUGUCCACGGAGACGAAAGGACAAAGGAGAGGUCCAUGGAGCUCCAUAAAGAUGAGCAGAGGCAUUCAAAGAACACAGACUCUCUUGAUGGUAAGGCUAAAGGUAGCACCGUUGGUCUGAAGUACCCGGGUUCCUCUCAGCUGUAUGAACAGGCCAUGAAAUCAUCUGGACCAGAGGACAGGAGGACAGGUGGUCCACCUGUGGUUAAACAAGAGCUCUGUGUCACCAAGGUGGAUGUCUCCAAGAGCAAAAUCAGUCUGCCGUCCCCCAACACAGACGCUCCACAGGUACUACGUAACAAUAUGAAGUGUCCUGGCUCAUUAAAUCUACCGUAUAAACCUGGUUUUGGUCCUCCGAGCAGCAGCAGCCCCAACAAAGUCCCCCCAAAGUCCCCGUCCAAACCCUGCCAAGGUCCGUCUGUCCACCGAGGGGGGAAGCCUUCAGACACCCCGCGUUAUUCGUCCAAAUCAGAGGAGAGGACCAAGAUCAGCGGUAGAGGGAAGAAGAAUCCAAUGUACGGGGACAGCCUACCACCUCCUCCUCCGAGACCACCAGCAUCCGAUGGGGAGAGGACCGCACAGCCGGCCCCCAGCCCACAAUCCGCCAUCGAGCAGAAAGUGAUGAAGGGCAUCGAGGAGAACAUGCUGAAGCUUCAGGAGCAGGACAGAGGAGGACAAGGGGGUGAGGUGAAGCAGAAAGCCUCCAACGGCAUCGCCAGCUGGUUCGGUCUGAAGAAGAGUAAGCUGCCUGCCUUGAGCCGCAAGACAGAGACCACGAAAGCAAAGGAGGACAAGAAGGAGUGGAAAAUAAAUAUCCCAUCAGUGGGGAGGGACUCUGUCAAGAUGGCUACUAGGUGUAAGGAAGGUGUGGAGGGUCUGAACAUUUCCACCCUGAUGGAGAAGGCCGAGGGUCUCCGGAGGGCCCUGGAGGAGGAGAGGGCCUACGUGGAGAGGUCGGGCAGGGGUCACUCCUGUGAGGUGGUGAUGGACCAGGCUCAGGGUCAGCUGGCGGUCAUGUACCGAGGAGCGCGCUCAGACAGCUUCAUGCAGCAGCUGCUGAACAGAGUGGAUGGGAAGGACGUGAUCAGUGUGCCCCAACGCCGCCUCUCGUUUGAUUGUAAGACAUCUAAACCAGUGUUCACCCAGCAGGGCGACAUCAUCAGCCACACCUCCAGCCAUGAAAACAUGGAGAAGGGGUCAGAUAGAAUCAGUAAGAUCACAUCAGAUGAAAACCUGGCAGAUCCGGUUCACUCACAGCACUUCACAGGCUCCGGGGCUUCCACCUACACCCUGGACAGCGGCAUUGGGACAUUCCCCCUCCCUGACUGCAGCAGUGGGGCCACAGGAAGAGGCCUGUCCAAGACGAGACCAGGGGCUGACUCCCCGGGACGGGCUGGACGACGGGCCCGGACCCUGGACCGGGAGCUGACCUCGCAGGAAGAGUGCUCCGUCUCCCACAAGCAGCUAAUUCCCACCAUCCAGUACAGCUCAGCGCUGGAGGGGAGAAGCUCCACCAGCGUCAUCCGAGAAGAUAAAGAGGUCCAUGGAGCAAACAUGUUCUCUCCUCGCUCCAAGACCUGGACUUUCCCCAACCUGAAGACACCUGCAGGACCUGCAGAGGUGUACCUGGCAGUGGAAGAGGAAGAGGAGGAGGCAGUGACCUUCGGAUCGCCAUUCAGAGGGAACAUGAAGGCCAGUGGACCUUCCUCCAACCGAGGCGUGGACCCAAGCAGCUUGCCUGUCCCGGCCCAGAUGGGGAUGAGCCGCAGGGGGAAGACACGCACCCCGAGCGUCCCCGAGAUGAGCCGGGAGACUGGGCUGGAACUGCUCAGGGAGCGGCCGGAGGAAGCUCUGUCCCCGAGCCGGCCUCAGGUCCUGGAGACCCCUGAAUCUCUGAGCGAUUCUCUGUACGACAGUCUGUCAUCCUGCGGCAGCCAAGGAUGAUGCUAGCGGGGGGGACUUAUGGAGUCCAGCCGCUGGCUGAACCGUAAUGCUGCUCACCCACCUCCACCUUUGAGGAAAAGAAACUGUUUUAUCUGUAAUGUGGUGAUGUCUCAUUGGGAGUUGGAUUGAUCUCUUUCUCCUCAGGAUUUCCAAUAAACAUGAAGCCAAAAGCCACCCAAAUAAUAUAAGUUGUUCACUUUUUCACUAUCAGACGUAACUGUGGACACUUCUCCUGAAAAGUAAAUGCAUGGCCGAGCUAAUGAUCAGCACUAGAAGUCGUCACUCCUACUCGUCCUUCAGAACUGUCUGUGUUACUCUUCUGGAAGAAUGAUCUCCGUUAUGUGCACAGUGAAGGCGAAGAGCAGCAGAACAGAUGAGGUGCUGUACCCGUGCAACCCCCAGCAACGAUUACAGAAACACAAGAUCCAGAAAAACAUACCUUCAUUUAAUGUCUGAAUGUUCUGAUUUAGUCUCCAACAUAUGGAAUUGAUGUUGAUCCAGAUCAAGCGUCAGAAAGAAAUAUGGAUUCACACAGCAAAGCAAAAAGAUCCACAAUUCUUGGUUUCUUCUUACAAACUUCCCAUUUAGUUCCAUCACAGCUGACUGGGAACACACAGAAUCCUUUCCCACAAUGUACAGAUAAAACACGAUGAGAUCAUUUGGCUAAAAAAAAAAGAAAAUCUCUCACAUGCAAAGAGUAAAAACUUGUAGUAAUUCAGUCUAAUCCUGCAGAAUGUCCUUUUCCUUUAAUGCUCCUGCUCAGCUGUGAAGUCAGAAAUGACCGCUAGACAAGUUUAUGAUGUUUUCCUACAUGGUGGGGGCUAGGGGGUUUCUACAGGUCUCUACAACCACAGUCAUCAAACUAAAAAAAUCUCCAGAACUUAGAGACCAGAGGAUCUCCCAGCCAGCGGGACAUGAUGGAGCUUCUCAGGAGUAAACAAAGUGUUUUAAUCUCACUAAUUCAGAGAAACCAAACAGAAAAUAUCAUUUUCUAUAAUUAUCUGUUCAUUCAGAAAAAUAAACCUUUUUAUUUCAGGUGAAAGUAACGUGCUUCAACAUGAGUGACGUUUCUAAUCCUGGCAGCUGUUUGGGGCUAUGAUUCCUGUCAAUCAGCAGCGGCUUGUCUAACAUCACAUUCAUCUGGAUAUUAAAACACAGACGUGUGUUGUAGAAAUGUAAAUGAAAAGAUGAUUUUUCCUCCACUUGAUCUGAGCGACGGGGGGCAUAAAUUCCAGCAUUUUUUUCAUUUAGGAAUGUUUUAUACAGCCAGAAUAUCCAGCUGAGCUAUGGAGAGAAAAUACUGUCAGUAUUGUCACACACAUGUAAAACAUGACCUGUAAACUGUGGAAAACAUGUCAGUAACUUUGGGUUCUUGCAAACUUGUGUUUGAAUCCAGACACAAAUAUCAAACAAUUUGAACACAUUUCCCACACACACAUUAUGAACUGUACAAGCACAGAUUUUUACCUUCAGAUGUCAUCAUUUGUCUUCAAAAACAUGCUUCUGCACAAAAACUGCACGCAUGGUCUGAUGUGCACGGAUCAGACGACAUUUCUCAGCUUGUGUGUUUUGAGACUACUUUCAGUGUCCAGACACGGAGCCUUUCUGGUGACAUAGACAGAAAAAGUCAAAUAAAAAAAUGACAAACAAAUAUUGGCAACAAGAGUUUGUCCCAUAACCACGCAUUACUGAUGCGAAAGAAUCACUAACUUAUGGCCACGUGUUAGUUAUGCACAUUCCUGAUGUAAUUUACUGUAUUUAACAUUGUAACCGAGCUUUCUGGCUUCACCUAACUGAACAGUUUAGCUUCAAAACAACAAGCUAGGUUCACCAUCAACAGCUGCUCCACAGUCAUAUUGUUCCCCCAAAACUACAAAUCCUACAAAAGGUUUGCCUGCACUAUGGUUGCCCUGGAGGGACAUAAAUCCUACUCAAAAACCUAGAACAUUAUAGACCGAGAUGGUCCCUUACCAUGAUAUCCUGCAGUCAUUUAUCACAGAUCACACCAUGAUUCAUCACAACGGGACAAUUAACCUCUUCUCGACUCAACCCCUCUGUAGAAGGGGCAGCAGGAAAUACAUGCAAUACAGAAUAUCUGUCCACACACCAGGAAGCAUCAAUCCUAACAUGCAGCACAUCUAACUGACAUGUAACAAAUACAUGAGAACAGCACUGUCUGCUUCAGAGCUAGUUUCUCCACUCCAAGCAAACCAAACACAAACAAGCAGAGGCUGCUGGUUACAAAGAUGUCUGUCUCAUCACAAAAACUUUGGAAGCCAGCAGCCAACAUCAUAAAUCCUGUCUUACAGCUCUAAAAAACUCUGCUAAUGUGUUCUCCCAUGACUCUGCCUUUGUUUGAAAUGAAUGUAAAGGUCGGCUAGUUUCCAUGGAGAUGAAGGAGGUUUUAUAGUGAAGGAUUAUCUCCUUCUAUCAUAGACUAACUUGGGCUUCACUUCUUUCUGGAUCCUCGUGGUGUUUCUAAUGUGAAUGUGGGGCUAUCCCUGGAUCCUCCUGACUCUGAGCACUGAUAGAGGCGUCCAUCAUCAACAUCAGCAGAUGGCUUCAUGAGAUAUUUACCGGUGCAACAUCUCUAUUUCAACACCUGGAAAACUGUUCAGAUUCAAUUUUUACCUUCUACUGUACACACAGUUCCUUAUCAGACAUCACUUUACUCAUUCAUAGCUGAUUUGUCUGCUAUCAUCUGGUUUACACAGAAAGCAUGUGAUUUUCCUUUAGGAGGAGAUUUUCUUCUGUGUUCCAGAUGAAUUUACUCUGCAGAGUAACACGUAUCUUGAUUCUGACACUUCUGUAGUAAUCUCACUUGUCUCAGCUUUCUGUUAAAACCAGGAUUAUACAUACAGCCCUUGUUGUUGUCAAAGAUACACUUUAUUUAUUUUGGGUGUCAUUUUAGACAGGAGGCAGUGAUAAUAGGUCUAAUGAUGAAAAAGUGCUGAAGGCGAACAGUUUGAAACAAAAACCAAAACAUUGGUCAAGCUGUUGAUGGAAUAAUUUUUUUUAGAGAUGUCACCGGAGGGGCUGCGUACUUACUUUUCAGUCUUACAAAUACAUGCUGCAUUCAACUGCUGGUGGAAAGCUGAGUGAAUUUUCUCUCCAGAACUUUGUGUCAUAUGUGGUUUGUUUGCUGGUUUAAAACCUGAAUGAAUGAGUGUUUGCUGGGGGUUGUACAUCCAUUCUGUUCUUGGCAUAAUUUCCCCACACAGCACAUCAGCGGCUGGGUCGGUGGGUGGGGGAGGUUGAAAAGAGGAAAAAAAGUAAAAAAAAAAAAGAAAAAAAGAAUGUUGAUCUCUGAUUCAUAACUGGUUAAGUCAUGUGUCACCAUGUUAAAUGUAAAACUGGUUUUAUUGACCAUGCUGAUUUUGUUCUGUAGCGGAAUGAGGUGAGAAUAUGUCUGUUUCUAAAUCAUUCAUAAUGCAUUUAAAGGUAAUAUAUACCAGCAAUAAUAACAUAGAUAGAUUACUGCAUUAUUUGAUGAUUAUGAAUUUCUAUUAUUUAUUUAUUUUUAAAUAUGCAUUAUUUACAGUCAUCUUUUUUCCAUCUUUCUGUGAGAAUCGUCAUCUUGACGUGUAGAUUAUUUUCAUAUGUUGUGUUGCAACAUUUCUGCCGCUCGUUCCCUAGAAAGUAGAGGUCCUCUGUACCUAACUGCCGUUUUUCAACUUUCUUAUUAAAAUGUUUUGAUUUA